AUGGGGUUCUUCGAUUUCUUCUACGAUAUCCUCGCCAGCCUCGGGCUGUGGCAGAAGAACGCCAAGAUCCUCUUCCUGGGUCUCGACAACGCCGGCAAGACGACGCUGAUGCACAUGCUCAAGGACGAGCGCCUCGCGCAGCACCAGCCGACGCAGUACCCAACCUCAGAGGAGCUGUCCAUCGGGCAGAUCAAGUUCAAGGCUUUCGACCUGGGCGGGCACGAGGUGGCUCGCAGGGUUUGGAAGGAUUACUACGCCAAGGUUGACGCCAUCGUGUUCCUCGUCGACGCGGUUGACAAGGAGCGCUUCGCCGAGAGCAAGAAGGAGCUGGACUCGCUGCUGUCCGAUGAUUCCCUCGGGCAGGUGCCGUUCCUGAUCCUGGGCAACAAGAUCGACAUCCCGCACGCGGCGAGCGAAGAGGAGCUCCGCCACUGCCUCGGCCUGACCAACUACACCACGGGCAAGGGGAAGGUCAACCUGGAGGCGACCAACAUGAGGCCGAUCGAGGUGUUCAUGUGCUCCGUCGUCAAGCGCAUGGGGUACGGCGAGGGGUUCCGCUGGGUGUCCCAGUACAUCAAGUAAACGAUCGGGCGAAUAAAGGGGAAGUGAUUUGAAUGAGGAGGAGGUUGGCCGACCGAGGGUGAAGGAGGAGGCGGGGAGAAAAAGGCGGGACGAGCCGGCGCUUGGAAAAAUACAAAGAGAAGAGGGCUCCUCCCGACGAACUUUCGCGGCGGCGCGGGACGUCGCGGGGGACGCCCGAGAUUAGUCUUUCGUGAAUAAUCAUACCGAGGGAACGCCCG